AUGGUGCUGACAUGUCUUACCCUUCCCGUCCUCCCGUCGGCCUCAGGUCCUUCUACAAGACGGGCUGGACAGUCCGGUCUGUGCGGUCACUUUUCUGCUGCGCUUCUUCUUCACCACCGCCGGUCUCGGCUGGUGGCUCGUCUUCUGCCUGAACUGGUGCCUGGACACCGUGAACUGUCAUCCUCCGGCCUCCGCGACCCGACGACCCAGUUGUCGUCUCGGCCGAUUCACGCGACUUUGGCUCGAGCGCGUUGCGUCUCGCGUAGCCGCCUGGAACGGACCGUCACGUCUUGUCGGCGGCCCGAGCUCGAGUCCCGCCGGACAGGUCUGGCGCCACGUGGUCGCCUGGACGCCGGCCGGCCUCCUCACCGCCGGUCUGCUCGUGUUGCGCGCCGCCGAGGCCGGCGAACUGGCCGGCGUCUGCGAGUUGGGCCUGCACCGGCACCGACGUCUGCUCUACCCCUACGCCGGGCUGAUCAACCCGCCCGCCCAGUUACCACAGCAACUAGCACCACUACUACUGCCGCCGAUGCCGCCAGCACCGCCAGCAUCAUCAGCAUCAUCAGCAUCAGCCAUACACGGGUUCGCGGACAGCGCGCCCACCGGUACGGCCGACCAGCUCGGCGUCACACCGGCCUCCCUCCUGCUCUUCAACAAGGCACAGUCGCAAUCGCUUGCCGCCAUUGUCGGUCCUCUUUCCGGUAA